AUGAAAAUUACACAACUUUGGAAAAUUUUGCAAAUUUUCUGUGUGUUCAUCACAUCGAUCAAUGCUCUGGGCUAUAUAAUACGCUAUGAAAAGAAAAAGGCUCGAUGUCUAAAUCCACCACGAACGGCCAGAAGGGUGGAAUCAGUGAUUGGCGAUUGUCAAGAUGAGGUCAAAAAUAAACUGGUUAACGAGGCCUAUGAAAUUCUCAAGGAGCAGGUCUCCCAUAGUCAGCCUCCGAUAGAUGUCAAUGAUGAUAAAGUUGAGUUUAUAGAGUCUCUGGAAUGGCCACCGAUACAUGGUGAAACAACUAUAGAACUGGAUGAGUCACAGCCUUCACCUGCAUCUCCUGCCCCAUCGCCUCCCAGUAAUGGCAGUGAGUAUGAGUAUAUAAUCUUUGAUGAGCCCGAACCACAUAGACGUAUGGCUCGACUAAUGAGAAAUAUUAAACGUUUGGAUAUAGCCAAAGCGGGUAUAUAUCAUCCCACUUUGGUACCAUUAGAAGAUAAACGUAUAGCUGGGUGCCUGCUGCACUGUGUCUACGCUAAGAAUAACGCCAUCGACAAAUUUGGAUGGCCGACACUGGAUGGCCUGGUGGACUUUUAUUCAGAGGGUGUCCACGAGCAUGGAUUUUUUAUGGCCACGCUGAGAUCGGUUAAUCUCUGUCUGCGUGCCAUGACGAACAAGUAUCAUGUGAAUCGCAAACGAUUGCCACAAAAAGGUGAAAGCUGUGAUUUGGCCUUCGAUGUGUUUGAUUGUAUAUCGGAUCAAAUAACAGGAUAUUGCCUCUAUCAAUACAGCCGGUAUUAACCGACAAUAAAAACUCAUCUAAAAAGUUA